AUGAACGUUUAUCUAGUGCUAUUGCCGAUAGCACUCUGUCUUUGUGGUUUGCAAGCUCUUCAACCGGCUCGAAAGUUUGAUAUCGACCUGCAAAAUGAUACCUUCACGAAGGACGGCGAACCGUUCCAGUUUAUCUCCGGUUCGUUUCAUUACUUCCGCGCGCUGCCCCAAUCGUGGCGCCACAUCUUGCGAUCGAUGAGGGCGGCUGGAUUGAACACAGUUAUGACCUACAUCGAAUGGUCACUACACGAACCGAUGCCGGGUCAGUACCAAUGGGAAGGCAUCGCCAAUCUGGAGGAAUUUAUCGAGACAGCGAGCAGUGAAAAUCUGUUUGUCAUACUGCGGCCCGGACCAUACAUCUGUGCAGAGCGGGAUAUGGGAGGAUUCCCACACUGGUUGCUCACCAAAUAUCCUACAAUCAAGUUGCGAACUUACGACGGAGACUACUUGAGGGAAGUUCAAACUUGGUACAAUCAGCUCAUGCCACGCAUUGUACCUCAUCUGUACGGAAACGGUGGUCCCGUGAUUAUGGUGUCCAUUGAAAAUGAGUACGGGUCCUUCCAUGCCUGCGACGGGAAGUAUAUGGAGUUCUUGAAAAAUUUAACCGUUCACUUCGUGCAGGAUAAAGCCGUACUGUUUACUAACGAUGGACCGGAGCUUUUAAAGUGUGGCUCCAUCCCCGGAAUUCUACCGACGCUGGAUUUUGGCAUCACCAACAAUCCGAACGCAUUCUGGCAACAAUUGCGCAAGUUUUUGCCCAAAGGACCGCUCGUCAAUGCUGAGUAUUACCCUGGCUGGUUAACACACUGGAUGGAACCGACGGCGCGUGUCGAUGCGGGAAUGGUGGUUAACACGCUGAAGAUCAUGCUCAACCAGAAGGCAAACGUGAACUUUUACAUGUUUUUCGGUGGUACCAAUUUCGGGUUUACUGCCGGUGCAAAUGAUGUCGGACCCGGUAAGUACAGUGCGGAUAUAACGUCCUACGACUACGAUGCACCAUUGGAUGAGGCCGGAGAUCCAACCGCAAAGUAUUUCGCAAUCCGGAAAGUGUUGAUUGAGUACUUUGGUGAUCCUGGCGUGCCAGCACCGGAGAAAUUGCCCAAAAUGACACUUGACACGGUAUGGCUGGAACGGCGUGGAUCGAUGAUAUCGAAACACGGCCGAACAAUGCUGUCGAGCCGAAUUGUUGCUGCCGUUCAACCUGUUUCGUUUGAAGCACUCAAUCAACAUUCUGGAUUUCUGCUGUACGAAACGACGCUACCGGCCGGGUUGAAUCGUGAUCCGUUCACACUGAAGGUGGAACAUCUUCACGAUCGUGCUUACGUGCAUGUCGAUGGCACUUUCUACGGUAUAAUGUCGCGUGAAACCAACGUUGAUACGAUUCCAUUGAGUGUGGGACUGGGUACAAAGCUUCAGCUGCUGGUAGAAAGUCAGGGCCGAAUUAAUUACAACAUUCCGAACGACUUUAAGGGUAUAUUGGGAUCGGUGACUGUCGAUGCCAAAACCCUAUACAACUGGACUAUCACGUCAUUCCCACUGGACAGCUAUCGCUAUUUGGAGAACUUUUUGUCCCAACAACCCACAGAGAAGGAAGAUCUAGUUGGUGCCGGUGCACAGAUUUACUACGGCACGUUUAUGAUCAAUACCGAUACAAUCUACGAUACCUAUCUGUACCCGAGUGCGUGGGGUAAAGGAUUAGUGUUCGUUAAUGGUUUCAACCUGGGUCGCUAUUGGCCAUUGGCUGGACCUCAAAUAACUCUCUAUGUGCCGAGACACAUUCUGAAGAAAGGCAACAACCAGCUAGUCAUGAUCGAGUACCAGCAGCACAUUCAGCAUCCUUACGUGCAGUUCAUUGAUAAGCCAAUAUUUACUUAA